UUUCAGUCCAGGCCCGGCUUCCGCCUGGUCUCCUGGCAACGCUGCGGCCCCGCCCACGUCAUGGCGCCGGAGGAGAACGCGGGUACCAAACUCUUGCUGCAGAGUUUCGAGCGCCGCUUCCUAGCAGCGCGCACACUGCGCUGCUUCCCCUGGCAGAGCUUAGAAGCAAAGUUAAGAGACUCAUCAGAUUCUGAGCUGCUGCGGGAUAUUUUGCAGAAGACUGUGAAGCAUCCUGUGUGUGUGAAGCACCCGCCAUCAGUCAAGUGUGCCCGGUGCUUUCUCUCAGAACUCAUCAAAAAGCAUGAGGCUGUCCACAUGGAGCCUUUGGACGAGCUGUACAAGGUGCUGGCAGAGACCCUGAUGGCCAAGGAGUCCACCCAGGGCCACUGGAGCUAUUUGCUGCCCUCGGAAGGCUCAGUCACACUCUCCGAGAGCACAGCCAUCAUCUCCCACGGUACCACAGGCCUGGUCACAUGGGAUGCCGCCCACUACCUUGCAGAAUGUGCCAUCGAGAACCCGGCAGCCUUCACUAACAGGACUGUCCUAGAGCUUAGCAGUGGCGCCGGCCUUACAGGCCUGUCCAUCUGCAAGAUGUGCCACCCCCGGGCAUACAUCUUCAGCGACUGUCACAGCCGGGUCCUCGAGCAGCUCCGAGGGAAUGUCCUUCUCAAUGGCCUCUCAUUAGAGGCAGACAUCACUGCCAACUUAGAUAGCCCCAGGGUGACAGUGGCCCAGCUGGACUGGGAUGUAGCGACGGUCCAUCAGCUCUCUGCCUUCCAGCCAGAUGUUGUCAUUGCAGCAGACGUGCUGUAUUGCCCAGAAGCCAUCGUGUCGCUGGUCGGGGUCCUGUGGAGGCUGGCUGCCUGCCGGGAGCACCAGUGGGCUCCUGAGGUCUACAUGGCCUUUACCGUCCGCAACCCAGAGACAUGCCAGCUGUUCACCACCGAGCUAGGCUGGGCUGGGAUCAGAUGGGAAGCGGAAGCUCAUCAUGACCAGAAACUGUUUCCCUAUGGAGAGUACUUGGAGAUGGCAAUGCUGAACCUCACACUGUAGGACUCACACACGACUCCAACAGAAUUGUGAGAAUCAAGUCACUCUCGUGGGAAGAAUUUUUAUAUGGGAAAGCGGAUAAAACUUUCAUUGGACUGGAAUGUUUGCAGAAUGUUAAUUUCCAAAUCAGGAACCACAAACUGCCCUCUAAUAAGACAUCGGCUAUCUAAGCGUGUGGGUGCCCCCUUUCUGCCAGCAGUUCUGGUUCUUAAGAAAAUCACCAUAAAUCAGACAUGAAAAUUCUGGCUCCAAAAAUAGCAUUUUCUUUGUGCAAAUAAAAACGUGUGUAUCAAGUAUGACGUUCCCCCAACGUGGACACACUCGGUUCCUCACAAAGCCAAGCCCGCUGCAGCUGCCACAUCCCUGGACACCCUCAGUUCCUCACAAAGCCAAGCCCGCUGCAGCUGCCACAUCCCUGGACACACUCGGUUCCUCACAAAGCCAAGCCCGCUGCAGCUGCCACAUCCCUGGGCUUAUGGUGCAGCAGGUGCUUUUUUCAAGACAGGAAUCAAAGUGUUAGGAACAUGGCAGAAAGGUGACACCUGGAGACCAAAUGCAGGAUGAGGAGUACUGCAGAGGUCACAGGGAAGUCACAGAACAGUAAUACGCUAGCAGGGGCAUGGGGCGUGAAGAACAGAAGAAGACAGGAAGCGUUUUGGAGACUCCAAAGAAGAAAUCAGGGCCAACCACAGCUUCCCGGGUCAUUCACCAGGUGGCACGACUGCCGUCAUUUCAGCUUCUGGCCACUGGGAGGUGCUGCUCGAAAGGGUUUGCCCUGAGACUCCAAGAAAAAGCUGCGGGAAGGACAGCAGGGGCCCUGGGGUUUUAGCCUCUGGCCCAGGAGUUAUGUGUCCAUAACCAAAGGGAGCACAGUCUGCACCCAGCUCUCAUCCCAUCAGAGCUGCUGCGACUCCCGCAGGUUCUUCCGGAACUGGUUUAGCUUGGCUGUAGGAUCAGGAAAGUUUGAGAAAAGCAUCUGCAAGAUACUAAAGAGCAGAGCUUACCUCAUUGCCUGUCCCCACCCCAUCCCAGGUCACCACCUGGAUGACCCCAGCUCCCCGACCCAACAACAACCCCUCCCAAGUCCCUAACUCCCUCACUUGGACUUGAGACCCUUCACACCCCAGCAGCGCUCCGCCUCCAACUUGAUAUCAUGCUUUCUGGAAACUUCCCCGUAUGUCCCACUUUCCCACACUUGGUGCCCUGGAGCACCUUCCGGCCUCUACAUGCUGUACGUUCUCCUGUGAGCACCCUCCUCUCGUCCUCUGGCCAACACAGUCCCACCCAUCUGUGGGUAACAAGGGGGUGUGGGUGUUCUUUUCAGCCUUGCUAAACUGUCUGAAUCAAGGAUCACAAACUACAGCCUGCAGGCCAAAUCCAGCCCACAGCCUGUGUUUGUAAAUAAAGCUUUAUUGGAACAAA